AUGACGGUCUCUCCGCCCGCGUCGCCGACAGGCCCGCCCCCGCGUCCUAUCAGUGCCAUCAUGCGCACUCCACGCAGUAACAGUCGCAUGAGCAUGAGCAGCAGACAAGGAGGAAGCAGAGCCUCUGAUGAGGAUGGCAAAACUGCCGUGAAAGUUGCCGUUCGAGUGCGACCUCCUUUGAAGCCAACGGACCCCGGUUAUGAAUUGAUUCCCCAGAGAUUCCAACGUUCCAUGGUCCACGUUACAGCCCCGACAAGCUUAGCCGUGGAUGUACCUCAGGGUCGCAAACUCUUUGUGUUUGAUCGCGUUUUCCCCGAAACCGUGGAUCAGGAUGGAAUUUGGGAAUACCUAAGUGACAGUGUGAACUCCUUCAUCCAAGGAUACAAUGUUUCCAUACUGGCUUACGGCCAGUCCGGUGCCGGAAAAUCAUACACUAUGGGUACAUCUGGACCAAAUGAGCAGGACGGCGGGGAUGCCAUGGGUAUUAUUCCUCGCGCCGCACAGCUCUUGUUUGACAAGCUCGACGGCCCCGCCAAACACAACCGCAAUGGAUCCACUUCGACUGGUCUCCGAACCCCUCAGCGAUAUUCAAUGACCUCAGCCUCUAGCUUUGGAAAGCUGAACUUUGAGAAGUUUGAGAAAAAUUGGCAGUUGAAGGCCACCUACGUUGAGAUUUACAACGAGCACCUUCGAGAUUUACUUCUGCCUGAGUCAUCAACUGGUACUGAUCGUGGUGCUGUCUCAAUCAGAGAAGAUGCAAAGGGUCGCAUCCUUCUUACUGGGUUACACCAGGUUAACAUUAACUCCUUUGAAGAUCUGAUCGGAGCCUUAAACUUUGGCUCGGCGAUUCGUCAGACUGAUUCCACUGCAAUCAACGCAAAGUCCUCUCGAUCACACGCCGUCUUCAGUUUGAAUCUUGUGCAACGCAAAAGCUCCUCUGCCCAUCCAGCUUCACCACAGGAAAAGCGGUUGUCUAUGCCAGUAGACUCUUUCACAAACGGUGAAUCUGUUACCGUGGACAGUAAACUGCACUUUGUUGAUUUGGCCGGUAGUGAACGGCUGAAGAACACCGGUGCCUCUGGUGAGCGUGCCAAAGAAGGUAUCUCCAUUAAUGCAGGUCUCGCUGCCUUGGGCAAAGUUAUUUCACAGCUCUCUUCUCGUCAAUCUGGUUCUCACGUUUCCUACCGUGACUCCAAACUCACCCGUCUGUUGCAAGAUUCAUUGGGCGGCAGCGCCAUUACCUACAUGAUUGCAUGUGUCACCCCCGCCGAGUUUCACCUGAGUGAAACUCUCAACACCGUCCAGUAUGCCCAACGUGCUCGUGCCAUCCAGAGCAAGCCUCGAAUUCAGCAAGUCGCCGAUGAUAGCGACAAACAGGCAUUGAUCGAACGUCUCAAGGCCGAAGUCGCUUUCCUUCGCCAGCAGAUCCGAAAUGCCGACGGAUCUGAGCGUCGUGAAGCUGCAUCCACCGAACGCACCGAGCGCAAGAACGAGCUGGAGAUCCAGUUGCAGAAUCAGUUACUUGAUGUCCAGGAAAGCUACAACGCCCUCAGCCAGCGCCACACCAAAUUGAUCUCCACCUUAGCCAGCGACUCCGAAGUGGUCAACGGUGACUCAGAUGACGCAGCUGCUGACCUCGGCAAGGAUUCAGUUGAGCGCAUGCAGCGUUCUCGCUCCUUUGCUGAGUCUGUUGAACAAGUUGUUCUGGAGUACGAGAAGACAAUUCAGAGCCUGGAGGCUUCCCUUUCCGAUACUCGAUCCUCGCUGGCGACCUCGGAGAGCACCUUGCUGGAACGCGAGACAAAGUGCACUUAUGUCGAGACUGUGAACGCCCAGCUUCAGUCCCGUCUGCAGAAACUUCUGGACCGUGAAGCUAGCAAUGAGACCUACCUGCACGAGCUCGAAUCCAAGCUUGAUGGCGCGUCCACUGGAGAAGAAAAGCAUGCCGCAAUGUUGGUUGAAUUGCGCAAGGAGCUUAGCCGUGCUCGGGAGAACGAAGGCAGCUGUGAAGAGUACAUUUCGACCCUGGAGGAUCGACUUGCCGAAUCCGAUCAGGAUAUGGAGCUGAUGCAGCGGGAGGUGAUUCGCCUUGAGCAUGUUAUUCACCGCCAACGGGGCCUGGGAACGUUGGAUAAUUUGCUACACGAUCUGGAUAACCGCCACAAUCUUAUCAAUGACUACGAGGGCACUAACGGCACCGACGCGAUUUACCAAACUCCUUCCAAGUUCACUCACAAGCACACACCUUCUUUGGAUGUUCUGAACGAAGCUGCCGAAACUGCUAUUCCCGGAUCCGAUGAAGACCUGGUUGAGCCCAUACCGGAGGAAGUGGAGACUCCUCCCGUAGCUGAUGAUCUCUAUGAGACAUCUAGCGAUGACCUGGAGGUCCUCGAGAAUGUCACCACCAAGCUCGAGGCUAGACGUACCGAGGCACUCCGCGAAGAGCCCAUUCACAGCCCUGCUCAGUCCAAGUUUGUUGCUGACAAGUUGGAGACCGUUACUCAGGAGCUCUUCGACUUGCGUCUCAACCACGAGACCGCUUUGAACGAUUACGAACUGCUCGAAUCCAAAUAUGAAGAGGCUCUCAAGGCCCUUGCCGAGCUGCGCCAGGACAAGGCUGAUGAGGCUCUCCACCCAGCCCCUGCAGCUCAAAACCACCCCUCGCGCCCCGUGUCUUUUUUAGACAACGGAAACACUCCAACCUCCAAGAGUGGACCACAACAUUCAUUCUCGCAGUCGCUCUCUUCGGAAUUGUCCUCGGCCGGGGAAUCACCUGCAUUGCGCGGCUUUUCUGAGAAGUUGGGAGUUGAUUCUGUGCCUCUGACACCUGUUACCUCUACCGCCCAUGACAGUGAGGAGGUUGAGCAGAUGCGCAAGAUGCUUGCUGACCACAAGGAAGGUGCCGAUCUGAUGACUCAGAAAUAUGCUGAACUUCAGAGCGAACACGAGGAGAUUCUUGGAAUUGUCGACAGACUGAAGGCUGAGGCCGAGGCUCAGCGCACCAAGUCUAACUCUCCUACUACCCCUGGUUUCAAGAUGAUCCGUCGCAUGACCAGCCAGAACCUGCUGUCUGGAGUGGACCGGGCCCACCGCUCCCUUACUGCCCUACGAACCAUCGCCAAUGAAGAAUUUUCUGAAAAGCCUGACACUUUCCACAGCUUCGAGACCCACCUGGAUGCUACUAUGCAUGAAUUAGCCACUCGUAUGGAGCGUCUCCAGUCGCUCGAGGCUGAGAAUCAAAACGUCAAGAAGGAGAUGGAGAUGAAGACCACCAUCAUUUCUGGACUCACCCGUGAGCGAUCCAGCUUAGGAGGUGCCUCCUCAGUCGACAUGGCUCUUGUCAACCAGCUACGUGACCAGAUUGUCAGCCAGGAGAUUCAAAUGAAUGAGCUUCGGGAAGCCCACGAGUCUCGCGAAAAGCAACUUCAGACAGAGAUCGACACCCUGAACAGUCUUCUUAAGAGCCAGGAGUCUGCUACCAAGGCCUUGGACGCUGGCGCUGAGGUGCAAGACAAGAAGAUUGACGUGCUGGAGGUUGAGCUGAAUGAGUGGAAGGGCAAGCACCAGACUGCCCUAGACUCCUUGCACAUCUGCGAGAAGGAGCUUGCCGGCACUUUGUCUGAACUUGAGGCUUCAAUUGCCUCUGCCGAGGCUUUGCGUUCUGCUACCACCGCUUCGGCUGAUAACAAUGCCGAUAAGGAAAUUGCCGCACGCGAACUUGAGACUGAACGGGCUAAGCAGCAGGACGUCGUGAAUGGCUUGAACAAGGAGAUUGACGACCACAAAGCCACCAUCAAUGCUCAGCUGGAGACUAUCGCUGGUUUGGAGAGGUCUCAACAGGAGCAGCUUUCAGCCCAGCAGACCGGCUCGUCCGAUUCCAAUGGUGUCACGAUGGCUGAGUUUGAACGACAAAUCGCAUCUCACAGAGCCGCUAUCGAAUCCCACAAGGCCGAUCUUGGCUCGCUUCAAGAGACCCAUCAGCGUGAGCUGGUUGAGCUCGAGGAACGUGCAAAGGCGGCUGCUGAGGCCGACAACGAGGCUAAGCUCGCCGAGAAGGAUGCUCAGUAUGAUCAGUCGAUCGCAACUCUGCAGAAGGAUAUCACUGAAUCCCGGGAUGAACUAGUCAAGCUGCUCAAUGCUGUCUCUGGCUUGCUCAACUCCGAUGUCACAACAGCGACAUUGGCUGACCAGAUCCAAGAUGUUCUCGCUCAGAAGCAGCACUUCUCUGAGAAGUAUGUCGAGCUGAUGGAUACCAACGAAGAUCUUCGCAAGCAGCUUGAUAGCAAUUCCUCCAACAGCGCCGAAUUCGAGGAGCUCGCAAAGAAGAGCACUGCGCAGGAUGCCAAGGUUAAUGAGCUGGCUCUCUUGGUUGCCACACUCGAGGAUACUCUUCUCCAAAAGGAUGAACAAGUCAAGAAGAAGGAGGCUCUUAUUGAGGAGAUCUCCGCAGAGAAGCAGAAGAGUGUUCGCUUGGUCGAAGAGCUUGAGGAGCAAAUCACCAGCAGCUUUGAUCAGCACCACAACCGUCUCUCCGUCAUUCAACAGGAGCGCGACCAGGCUUUGGAAGAUGCCAAGGCUCGAAUCGUCGUCCUCGAGAAGGAAAUCGAGACCUACCAAGUUCGCAUUGAGCAAGUCGAGCUUCAGCUCAAGAACAGCGGAACCCAGGAUGCUUCGCAUGACCGUAGCAGCUCUAUGACCUCCAACCUCCGCAAGAGUUCCUCCGCCGCAUCUCUGCCCUCCCCUCCACCCGCAAUUCCCCUCCCACCCCUUCCCACUAUCGCUUCCAACGGUAGUGUCUCUCCACCAAGCUCUCGCCACGCUAGCAAGGAAUUGGUCAACGCCCAGAUCGUCGAAGACCAGGAAGCUCGCAUCCGCACCAUUGAGAAGCAUCUGUAUGCUGAGAAGCAGUUGACCGCCACCUUGGAGGAAGCUCUCGGUGACCUUGAAGCCCAAAGCACCAAGGUCAAGACUGACUGCGAGUCCUGGAAGAAGAAGGCCUGGGGUCUAGAGGACGAGCUCUCUACUCUUCGCAAGGAGCGCAACUCUGCCCGUCUUUCCCUACAGGCUGUCGAGGAAGAGCGCAGCGCCCGCAAGGAAGCUGAAGCCGCCCGAGCUCAGUUGGAGGAGCGUAUGAAUGCCCUCAACAAGAAAAAGAAGAAGAGCACCCUCAACUGCUUCUAA